AUGGCGCCCACAUCCGAGACUGCAUCCCCUAUCGGGAUUGCCAACCUAAUCCCGCAUAGACACAAGAUUGUUGCGAAACGAGGCGCGGCUUUCACUAUUAUGGUUGCUGGAGAGUCAGGUUUGGGAAAGACCACGUUCAUCAACACGCUUUUCUCAACCACAAUCAAAAACUACGCCGACCACAAACGCCGACAUCAGAAGCAAGUCGAUAAAACCGUCGAAAUCGAAAUCACCAAGGCUGAAUUGGAAGAGAAAUUCUUCAAAGUGCGGUUAACCGUUAUUGAUACCCCCGGAUUUGGCGACUACGUUAACAACCGCGACUCAUGGAUGCCAAUUAUCGAGUUCCUUGAUGACCAGCAUGAAUCGUACAUGUUGCAGGAACAACAACCUCGUCGCACUGACAAGAUCGACCUUCGGGUUCAUGCUUGUUUAUACUUCAUUCGACCUACUGGGCACACACUGAAACCGCUAGAUAUUGAGGUUAUGAAGCGUCUUAGCUCCCGUGUCAAUUUGAUCCCGGUCGUCGCUAAAGCCGACACUCUGACACCCUCCGACCUCGCACGUUUCAAACAACGGAUUCGCGCCGUUAUCGAAGCACAGGGCAUCAAGAUCUACGAGCCUCCCGUCGAAGAGGACGACGAACAGGCUGCUCAACACGCCCGCAGCCUCAUGGCCGCGAUGCCCUUCGCUGUGAUCGGCUCGGAAAAGGAUGUCAAGGCUGCUGAUGGCCAUAUUGUUAAAGGCCGUCAAUAUGCCUGGGGUGUUGCAGAGGUCGAAAACGAGGAACAUUGCGAUUUCAAAAAGCUCCGCUCCAUCCUCAUCCGAACCCACAUGUUGGACUUGAUCCACACCACCGAAGAGCAGCAUUACGAGGCUUACCGUGCACAGCAAAUGGAGACGAGAAAAUUCGGAGAGGCUCGCCCAAGGAAGUUGGACAAUCCCAAGUUCAAGGAAGAGGAAGAAGCUCUACGAAAGCGAUUCACAGAACAAGUCAAGGUCGAAGAACAGAGAUUCCGUCAAUGGGAGCAGAAACUCAUUGCAGAGAGAGAUCGUCUGAACAAAGACUUGGAAAGCACCCACGCUGCCAUCAAACAGCUGGAACAGGAACUCGAGCAGAUGCAGGGCUCCGCUGUACGCAGCCAUGGCCGUCGUUAG